CACUUUCUUUGAGCGAUACUCAAGAUAUAAUGUAUUUAUAUUCAUAUGGACAUAAUAAUAGUGGUAAAUACAGGAAACAAACAAGUGGACAAAGUAAUCAACCGAAAAACAAUUACAAUCAGAUGCGUGUCGACUCUAUACUAGAAAAGCAAGACAUAUCGAAAAAAUGUACUAAGCCAGUGUCAAGAAUUACUGCGGAAUGCGACGUCUUUCAUCGGAGUCUUGAACCUAAAAAUAUCCCCGCAGAACAAUCUAGAUCGCAUAGAAACCAGAAUAAAACCUCUUUACAGAAUAGUAUUAUGGUUAGUGUUUCAAAUCAAAGCAGACAAUUAGCUUUGGCACAGGCACAUGCAUUAAAAUGUACUGACGAAGAUGUGAUUUCUUUUGGAACUAGUUUAUCAUCAUUGCCAUCCUCAGCGUUAUCAUCUUUUUGUCCAGGUGACACUUCUCUGGUUACUGCUCAUUCUCGUAACAUUGGUCGCUUGAAAGUGACUCUACCUGGUCUUGCAGUCAAUCAUUUGUCUAAUAGUCAUCACUCAUCCGACUGUUCAACGCGUGGUUCAAUAUCUUAUCAGUCUAAUAGUAAUCAUAAUCCAAAGUCACAAAACCCAAAUUUUAGAGGUACUGUCACAGGAGAUGUUUGUAAGCGACGUCAUGAGAGAUUGAAUACUGAGUCCUCUAAAAGUUGUAAAAACAGAAUAGAGAUAUCUGAAAGCUCUUCUAGUCAAUCGCUUUCUCCAUCGUAUGUCAAUGUAUUACUUCCUGCUCAGUCAUUUGAUUUGUCAUCUGGAUUUCCUUCUUCAGAUAAUCUGUCUACUAAUAGGAAUUUAGAUACAAUUAAUAAGCGCUCACCACGACCUUCAUCAGACCAUUCAAGAACCUAUCAAAAAACGCAGCAUUUGGAGAGAAAAAGUAUGCGUAAAAGUAAUUCUCGACAUAAUUUCAAGCCUGUAAAUAAGGAAUCUCAAAUCCACAAUCUCGUUCCUUCAAAAGUUUGUCGUGUUGGUCAAUACAUAUCUGGGUCUUCUUCACUAUUAUCUGUAAGUAAUCCGGAUGACGUAAAUGAUCCUGAAAAGUCUCCUGUAUAUGUAAGUGAGGAUACACGAGAAUAUGACUAUAUCAGAAAAGACCAUAGAAAAAUCUCAAAGUUGGCUUCAAAAAUAUCUCAUUAUCUGGAAAAUGGUAGGGAGGCAGAGGUUAAAAACUUUGUGAAUAAAAUACUACGUAAACCCGAAUCAAGGCGCGUUGUUGAUGAAUUGAUACGUUUAUGUGGAAAUAAUCUUCACAAAGUUCUCAAUCUUAAUCAAAUGGAGACACUGGAGAAUUCGCAGAAAAAUUCACCUCCUUUGAUUCACCUUGGAGCUUCACUUUCUGACCUAAGGACGUCAUACACGCUUGAUUUCGUCCCGUACAUGAAUGUCGAUUCACAUAGACGAGGUAGUUGUGGAAGCGUACUGUCUUCGCCUUGGAAUAUCACCUCUUACGAUCGUUCUUGGGCUCCUGCGUCACAUAAUCGGUCUACUCUUGGGUGUUCCAAUAAAUUAUCACCGUUUCAGAGAAAACGUACUUCCUUAUACUCACCUAAUACUACUCGUUACAUUAAGUGGCCUUCUAGUGGGUGUAUUCGAAGCAAACUACCUUCACUGCCACCGCCACCUCCUCCUGUACCUCCAGUUUUGCUUAAAACAACAAUUUUACCACCGGAUGAUCGAAUUCGUGUUAUAGAUAUGCAUGCAAUUGAAGUUACUAAUCGCGUUCAUAUGACAUUCUCUGAACUGAUUUCUGAUCUGACCACUGGUAUAGAUAACGAAGUUGAAGUUAUACGUUCCCUUUAUCGAUGGACUACUGGUAAGGAUACCAGAUGUGAAGAUUAUGAUCCAGAAGCUCCAUCUGAUUCAUUGAUUGGGAUGUUGAGACAGAUGAAAUAUAAUCAGUUAUCGCGUAAUGAAUUAUUUUAUGAACUAUGCCGGUAUGCUGGAUUACAAUGUCAAUAUAUAACUGGUUAUUCUAAAGGUGCUGGAUAUCGUCCAGGCAUGCCAAUUAAAGAUAAUAAACUUUUUCGUAAUACUUGGCUUGCAGUGUACAUUUGUGAUGGUUGGCGUUUUGUAAAUUGUAAUUGGGGUGCUCGGUAUUUAUCGGAAAAUUUACCAGACGGUCGUUCGUCUUCAUCUGAAUGUGAUGAAUUUUAUUUUCUAACUGAUCCAGAACAACAUGUUUUUGAGAAUUUACCUGAUUUAAAAGUAUGGCAGCUAUUGCGCAAACCAUUGAGUAUGGAUCGAUUUUGUCACUUACCACUACUUAAAUCGCCAUUUUUCAAUGCUAAUCUAUUUUUGAAAAAGAAUUAUUCCGAUUGUUUAGUUACCAAAAAUGGACAGGUGAGUGUAAAAAUAAAAAUGUCGAGAUUUGUUGGCAUUUCCUGCAGCUUAGAAAACUGUGCCGAUCAUAGUAUUCUGUUAGGGUUAUGCUUAGUCGAAAUCCUGUUACGACCAUCAGGAACUGUACGCAUUGAAGCUGCUCCAUCACAACCAGGAAAGUAUUAUUUGAAUGUUUAUGUUUCACCUGAUUGGCGGCGUGAAGACAUCAGGGAAUUGGCAUGUUCAUUUCAGAUUCAUUGCUCAGAAUAUAAUUAUUCUCGUCUAGUUGUGACUGGUCGAUUGCCUGAAGUUGGCUUUCUUGGUCGUACACCUGCUUCAGAAGUGCAUGGUGUACUAAUGGUACCAGAAGGUGAUGCGUCAGAUGGUCGACCAUACAUUGUACACAAUGAUCCAAGACCUCUGAAAAUUCCUUUUGCCAUUGCUCCUGGUUUAAAGCUAUGCCACCAAUUAAAAUCGUUUGAUCGACCAGGUCAUCAAAUGGCAGAUUGUGAUAGUUAUGCAUUGCUUCAAAUGAAACCAAACCAUCAUAGUAGUAUUACACAUCCAAAGCCAUUCAAAUCUCAGGCUAAUGCCUAUUAUAACGUUCGUCUACCUGUACAAGCAUUUUACUACUUGACUAUUUAUGCUUUUAAUGAAAAUGAUAUUGUCAAAGAUCAUCUAGACUGUGUGUAUCGUAUUUUAAUUGAUGCACGUAACUGUCGUUCUUCUGAGUUAAUUCAGGCUUAUCCGCGUCAAACAUUUUGGUGGGUUCAGUGUCGAUUAAUUGAACCUAAACAUCAGCAUUUAUUCAUUAAUCGAAAUUAUAAAUUCUGUCUAGACGCUCCUCAAUGUGAUUCUGUAGCUGUUGUAAUCAAUGGAUCAGAAUGGCACUUCCUUACUCCAUCUUCACCAAUAUCACCAUCUAAACUCCAUUCACCAUCUGGCAGUAAUCAUCAUGGUCGUUGGAGUGGUAAAGUUUAUACUGGCAAAUGCUUGGGACAGUUAUCUGUGUUUGGACGUAUACCUCAUAUUAAUAAAUUUAAGGAGAUAAGUUUAGAAAAUGAAUGCAGAAUAAUUAAUGAUUCCAUGCAUGGGGGUUAUAAUGGUAAUGACCAUGCAAAUAAUACUGGUACUACUACUACUAAUAAUAAUAACAAUGAAGAUGAUGAAGAAAAUUCCUAUAUUAAACUUUUAGAUUAUAUUCUCGUUCAAAAAGAAUUGUUUAGCUAA